CUGGAGUCAAAAAUAGUUCCCUCAACCUCGUCUACAUAGAAAAACCAAGAUGAGAAUCUCUGAGACUGAAAUAGCACGCAAGAAUGACAAGAAUAUAAAUGAUAUGCGCAAUGUGCUUCUGUGUUUUUGUGUCGUGUGAGAUAUGUGUGCAUUAAAGUAAACAAGCUGCUUCUUUUCUCGGACUGGUCUCUCUCUUUACAGCGCUCUAGAUUAGUAUCCUAUAUAUAUCUGUCACCUGCCACCUUCACUCUGAGCAUAACAAUACACAGUGACAUCUAGAGAGGGCGAGAUAAUGUGUUUAUAUAAGAUAUACAAGAGACAAACGUCAAUAUCUAUAAAUAUAAAGACUCUGUUUUGUAGAGUUGUAGAGGGAACCCUUGUUUCCAAAUAACCACUUUACAAUUCAUGAUUUUGCACGCUUGGAGAUUCCUGUAUCCUCUUGGAAAGCCUGUCAUAUCCCUUAAAUGUCCCGUUGGUUGGCUGGCUGUGCGUCCUAACUCAUGCGUCACAUGAGUAGGUGCGGUUUACGCAGCGCAACAACCCAAAUAGUCCAUAUGUGUCUGCUUCGUCCUCAGAGAAACACGCAUUUUGAAAGCUGCAGGUUUUAUUUUAACUUUUUCAUUCAUCAUUUUGGGAUUGGAGUUUUGAUUUUUCCCUCCGUGGAUAAGGAGACCUCCACUUAUUUUAUUUCUCAGGGGGGUCGUUUUCAAACAGAGACCUAUCUAGAGUGAAAUGCUGUCAGCUGUGAUGUGCUGCAGCUGCAACAGCCUCGAUGUAAAACCGCUGGGCAGGAGCCGAGAGCAGGUUACACACAUCCAAAUAUGCGCGUAAUUGGAGUGCUGUGGCGAGGCGUCCCUUGCACCCCCACGGAGUCAGCGUCGUCGUGAUGUACAAUACUUCGGGAAUUGAGCUCGCUUCUAACAAGAAAGAGGAGAUUUCCGAAGUUAGCAAUGGCACUUUGCAGCUGCUGUACAACGUCCUCGUCACCAUCAGUCCCACCGCCAUGUGGAACGAGUCGUGUGGGGAGCAGCUGCAGGAUUUCGGGCGACCCGAGAAGAUCAUCAUCGGGGUGAUGCUGGCGAUCAUCACGGCGGUCACGGUGAUGGGCAACACGCUGGUGGUGAUCGCGGUGUGCGUGGUGAAGAAGCUGAGACAGCCUUCAAACUACCUGCUGGUUUCCCUGGCUGUGGCGGACCUGUCAGUGGCCAUAGUUGUGAUGCCGUUUGUGAUAGUGACGGACCUGACCGGGGGAAAGUGGCUCUUUGGGGAGGUCUUCUGCAACAUCUUCAUCGGCAUGGAUGUAAUGUGCUGCACCGCCUCCAUCAUGACCCUGUGUGUGAUCAGCGUCGACAGGUGAGUUUCAAAAGUUACAAACUCGAGCCCUCUGUUGACGAGGCAUGUCAGCUCACAACGACACCACCGGUUUUACGCACACACGCUGCGCGCACUACUGACAAAAUACUUUCUCUGUCUCCCAGCAUCAUUAUGAGAGGGAAAGGAUGAACAGAAUAACGAACUGUAAGCAUGACAUGAGAUCAUUUGUCGUCUCAAAGCCUGAAAAUGACAUUAAACUGCUUAAAUCGAGAUCGCCAAUCCUGUGAUUAUCCGCCUGGAUCAAUGCUCUCAUCAGAAAAUUAAAACGCAGACUUUGAUUAGUUUGAGGAAAGCUUCACUGGUUUGCUGAUCGAAUCAUGGACGAUGGUGUGAAGGAUCAGCUCUUAAGUGGACUUUGAUACAUGAAAUCCUCCUUUACCGGCAUAAACGGCAGAAAGAUCAAAUCUGCAGGGGCGAGUCUAACAUUUUUGACAGGGGUGGGCACAACUGAGGGAUUGACUUCUGCAGGGGUGGGAUGAUUGAGGAGUGCACAAAUGAAUGUCAUCUCUGUAUCCACUAAUAACAUCUCUUCUCACUAACAUUAAGGUACCUAAGAUGGAGAUUUUAGGUUUACAUUUUUUAUCUAUGCAACGUUUAAAAGAAGAAAAAAUGACAUAAAGCAGUCCUAAUUCCAAAAGUUGGGACUCUGCGUAAAAUUUAAGAUAAAAACAGAGUUUAAUUGUUUGCAAUGAAAUCAAAGCCUUCAUCUAACUGAAAAUAGCAGGAAAAAACGUUUUAAAUGUUAAAACUGCAAAAUAAAGGUGUUAUGAAAAAUAGUUCUUAAUUGUAAAUGUUUUUGCAGCAACGUGGUUUUAAAAAGUUCUCACAGAGGAACUUUUAACAUGUUUCUGCUGGCCUUUAAACUACACAAUAACAGGCUGAUCCAUGAAUUACAAAAUGAGUGUCAAAUUUUGGAUCAACAGACUAAAGGACAGUUUUAACUUUGCUUCAGUCUGUCUUAAAUGGACUCAGAAGUCACCUGAGUUUAUGGAUCCUGUUUACCCGGUUUUCUUUUUGCAUGGUAAAUUUUAAAAACUGCACUAUCAAAAUAUUUGUUAUUCCUGUUUUGGCCACUUUGCCCCAAAGAUUUAAGUACAUCAGAUAGGGAAACAAAACAAACAACAGAGCAGAGAAACUGAAGAAAAUGAGAAUAAAGCCAAAUACAUAAAUACACUAAUAUCAUAUCAUAAUAUCCAGUUUUCCCGUCCUCAAUCUUUAAACUCUCCUUGGUCUUAGCGUCAAAUUUUCUGCUGUUUUGUCACAUCCAUCCAGUCACAUAUUGUCACCUUUGGACAAUGACUGGGGUGGCCAAUCAGAUUUCAAGGGGCUUAGGCCACCCCUAGCUAUGUUUUGGACCCGCCCCUGCACACAUGAUCACUUUCCCCCACAGUCCUUCCCCUUCAUAUUAAAAUCUCAGCACAGAGCCGAUGAUGUUAACUCCUGCAGAAACUGUUUUUCCUUUUCACUCCAUCCAUAAACAUGAGGUUUAUCACUUUAGCAGAUUUCCAUAAACACACCACUCAUGGAAAUACGCUCCCCGAAUCCCCCACUGUGCUUUCAGUCCCUCUUUUAAAGAGGAGGGAAAUUAACACAACCCAAUUCUCCCAAUCAAGCUUCAUUAUGAUUCACUCUGCAUGUGCAGGUAAUCUGUGACUCUUCCGCUCGUACCUCCUCAGCAGACCCUGAUGGAUUGUGACAAAUGAGACGAGUCCUCUGCUCCCACUUUAAUCUACAGUGACACAAGAGUCGAGCGAUGGGUGUCACUGCUCUGCCUCACUGGGUCUAAUGAAGACAGAGGCUCACUCUGGUAUUGAUAAUCUGAUUGUUUCUCCCUGCGCUAUUAUCUGGCGUUAUUAACUCAGUGCGUUACAUCCUUACUUUUGCACGCUUCCUAAUCGAGGAUGGAUGAUGUAGCUGUGACGCAGUGUGGUCGCUCAGGUCUGCGGGCAGAUGUGUGGAUGUGUUUUUGGGCUGGAGAGGUAAAAUAACCAGAUUAGUGCUGUCGAGGAAGACGUCCUUCUGGGGGUUAAAGCAGAGGUCACACUGAUCGUUGGAGAUGGAUGGAUAGAGUGUGAUUUAAAAGUCAUCUGUGGCCACUUAACUCCUCCAUGAGGACGUAAGAGCCUCUUCAGUUAAUAUGAAACCACAUUGUUCACACAUUCUUGAAACCACAACUUCAGCGAAUUCAUAAGGAGGACAUUGUGUUCGUUGUCAAGAAUUAACCUGAAUAGCGAUGAACAAUUGCCAACCUGUCACAGCAGCCUUAUCUUUGUGUUUCAGCAGAGGGUAAGUGGGAGUGUGGCAAUCUGCCGUCGCCGGGUCUCAUGGCCAUAGUCUGUGAUUAGAGAUGGGAAUUGCUCUCGAGAUAUUCUCAGAGAAGACAAAAUGGACCCACCUGUGAGAGAUCACGUCGAGAAAGAUAGACGAGGUGAUUGAAUCUGGCGCUAUGAAUUCAUGAAGUGUGUGUGAAUCCACCAAACCUUCAGAGAGAGGAUGUUUUUCCUGCUGAGGAUUAAAGAAACAUGAAGUCAGCGUGGGGUUAUUUUCAUCCUCCUCGCACAGGCAGCCUUUAAACUGAUCUGCGUGAAAACAGACUCAUCUUAAUUAAACAGUGCGCUGUGUUUGGCAUAUGAUUCACAAUGGGAAUCAAAGAAAUAAUUCAUUAGGUUGAGAAUUGCCAAUUAGACACAUGAUUAGUUGUAAUUAGCGCUCUCUUGCUGUCUUUGGGAUUUCCAAGGACAUGCACUGUCUGUCAAAGCCGGAGCUGCAAACGAAGAGGCAGAAGAAUAAACAGGAUUGUUUCGGGGGGUUGGACUGUCUCUGAGAAACACCGGUGGUCUCUCAGAGCUGCUGUAAAUGCCAAUAUAAACAAUGUGGCGCUAUAGGAGGAGUCCCCAGUGUAUAGGGCCAAUGAAUUUAUGAUCCUGCGGGGACCUGACAGGCAUCAAUAGAUGAGCUAACAGAGAAAGCUUUCACCUUACUGGAUUACAACUACUCUGACUUUCACCAUCUACUUUAACAGUCUAAUCAGCCUCAGGGUCCCACGGGCAAAGUGAGAUAGGAGACACCGUAAAAGAAGUUAAAUAAUGGUGAUUUAUUAUCUAUUUUAAGAUGCGGAAACCAUACAUAUCAGAGGAAAAGGUCAAAAGGUCACCUCAAGGUCGACUCGAGCAGUGUUGUAUUGUAGGGCAACAAGGUUUUAAGCCAGGAGGAGCGACGAACAGAAAAAUUUAAAUUGCAGCAACGCUUGAGUGCCCAAAACAGAAAGAUUUCUAUAUUUCCUUAAUUUGUCAGCAAAGACCUCAAGAAGAUGUUUUUUUGUGGACUUCAGUGUAGUAGUUAGAGCCGGGCGAUAAACUGAAAACUUACCGAUACAGAAAUUUACGAAAAUAACUAACGUCACUUUGCCCAUAUCGAUAUAUUUGGUGUCAAAUAAAUAAAUAAAUAAAUAAAAGUUGUUUUUGGAUGUGUGUAGGUAGGCUAUGGUCUCAUGUCCCUUUAAGAGACGUGACUCCACCCCAUCCAGUCCGUAACAAAGAUUUCUAUAUGACAGGUGAGGAGAUGGAGGACGGUUCAAAAGUUGUAGCGGCUGGAGCGGCGGCUGAAGUAGACAAAGUUAAUGUGGAAGGGACUCCAGCAGUGUUAUAUGGCCUCAGUGUUCCAGGCCAUAUUGCUCAGCCCUCGUAGUAGUUGUGACUCCUCUUCAGUAGGUGGCGGUAUGUCCCAUUUAAGCUCGUUACUCUUGGGCCAUGACUUACAAUGUCAUCUACCAAAACAACAAAUAAUUACGCUGGCAGGAGGCUGAGGGGAAAACAACAGCGUUACAGCUCUGUACUGAUACAACUAGGGGUGUCCCAAUGUGAUAUUGAUAUCGGAUAUCGGGCCGAUAUCAACAAAAAAAAUCAAAUAUCGGAUUAUAUCGGCCUGCAUCUAAAAUCUCUGAUAUCAGCACUCUGAUACAAGCAGUCCAUUCCAGACUCCACUCCAGCACCUCUAUCUAGCAGCGCCCUGAUUCAGCAUGUAGAGCCAACAUGAUCACAACCAACAGUGUGUACUACGGUACGAACAAAGUAGCAAAAAGUCGGAGUGAUGUCGGCUGUAUUUUUCAUUCACGUCCGAAAAAGACGUUGCAGCUGAGUGAAAAACUUGUCGUGCACAAGUUUGUGGAAUAUCGGAAUCGGACAUUACUGAAGGCUACAAUAUUGGUAAUAUUGGACACCCCUAGAUACAAAAGCUUUGUUGUUUCCCAUUGGGGACUUAAAUGUUUGCAUGUGUUUCUGAAGUCCAGCUCCAGUUGGACUAAUUCAAUAAACUGUUUUAUAUUUUAGAUUGUCAAGUUUAUCUGGUCAUUAAGAUCCUGUUUAUUUGCGUCAGAAGAUAAGUCUAAUAAUAAGGACAAGUUACAGUGGAGAGGUAGAACUUCCUUUAACAGGCAGAAACCUUGAGCAGAACCAGACUGAUGUUGGACAGUCAUCUGCUGAGACUGAGCUGGGUUUAGAGAGGGGAGAGAGAGAGGUAGGAGUAUCCCAAAUCUGAAGCUUUUUUCUGAUUUUUUUUUACUCCUUUUGAAUAUGAACUUCUGUCAACAACCUCUAAUAAAAAUAGUCUUUUGACUGUUCUCACCCACUGAAAACCAUCAGACAUGAAGAAAAGGUGACAUGUCUGUAACCCGGGUCAUAUUCAAACCGCUGCAGAAAAAACUCUUCACUGCUAUUGAUUUUAUUCUUGACGUGUAAAUGUUGAUGUAUGGCUGUGAAAACCACGCUUAGAGUUGAGUACCCGUUCCUCACCUCCAGCCUCUGUAAGUGGAAACUCAACGCUGCAAAUCGAGCCUAACACACCGCAGCAUUGACCCAGUCACAGCAGAGGAAUCCGGUCUGAGUGUUGUGAAGUGAAUAAAUGAGAAGUUAUUCACCCAGGGCCUGCUUUUUAAACGGAGGUCUGCUCUUUCACAAGAUAUCCCAGCAUGCACUGAGCAGGGGUUUAGCCGCUUUCAUGCCCACAACCCUACGAUUGUUUGCAUCUCUUUUGGCCACAGACGAAUUAUUUAUUUACAACAGUGUUAGAGAUAGAUACCAAACAAAUAGAGACUAUAACUGUCUGAAGUGUGCAGAGGAGAGAUAGGAUCUAGGUCAAGAAAACAUGAUAUAACUGCAGUUAAGCAAACUUUCCUCCGAGGUUGAGCCUAAAGAAAACACAGCGUAGGUGUGAUCACACCCGUAAGCUCCAGCAGGGGAUUUGAGGGAGGACAUAACGCUUGCCGGGGCGCUGAGAUGGCAGCUGGAUUAGCCGCAGACUUAUCGCUCUUCCUGCCAAUCGGCGUGUCAAUGAUGAGCCGAGUUUUCACCCAGCCCUCCAGUUUUCUGAUGGUAUUUUCUCCGAGGUCGCGGUGUAAGUUCGUCCCAGGAGAGGCAGCGAACCGCUUAGUGCAGCUCGGGAACAUUGGGCGGCAGCAGCAGAAACACAGAUGACUUGACCCGGCUGACGCAUCCUCAGGUAAUGUGAUGUGACGCCUGAGCUCCUCUCACUCAGGCUCUGUUCACUUCCCACUUGUCAGCCGCCUUGUGAAAUGUGGGGGAUUGGACGGCUCCUGCUUGUUGACUGUGAUCAGAUCGAAUGCAGGUUCACGCUUAUAAAAGAAGCUAAAUCAGGAGAGAAAGUGUGUCGAGGUAGAAAAUAGGACGAGACGCUGUAUUCUGAAAUCCUCUGAUUAGGAACGGUUCAGACACAGGGCCACAUUUAGGAGGUUUUGUCAACAACAGGAGUGUAAAAAAGACACCUGAGCUGUUUUAUAUACAUGAAUCAAAGCUGAGAGAGGAAAAACUAAUUUAAUUUGAACUCCUGAGGCCUGUAAACAAACACUUUCUCUCUGCUGUGAAUGAAAGCAGAAGGCCUCUGUUGAGUUAAUCAUUGACGGGGAAGCUCAAACCGUCAGUUUCCUUCCUGUUUGAAUUUUUGUUUGACUUUUAUUGCAGAAGCGCCCGCAGAUCACACGAUCAGAUAGGCUGCUGUUUGGGAAUGACCCUGAAAGCCGCUCACAAGUCUGAGAACAAAGGAGAGAUAAAUUACGGCCUGUUGUUUGUCAUGCUAUUGUUCUUCAUGUCUCAGUAUCGGAGUAUCGAGACCAGAGCUGCUGCAGAGAUCUGCACUCGAGACGCGGAGGAAUCCGUCUUACACGUUUUAUUUUUAGGGUUUUCUGCUGGAAAUUUAUGGAAAUGUGAUUCAGAGCCAAACCUGAGGUCUGGUAUGGGUCCAUAUGGUGUGGCUCAUACCCUGAUGUCAACACUUAUGUGCACAGAAAAAAUAUGCAAAAAAAUAUGCAAAAAAAAAAAGGACUGACUCUGACAUUCGUCUUCGAGUCCAGGCUGCACCUGUAAGCCUGUGCAGAACUGGACCUCUUUAAAUGCAGACUUACGUCGUGUUCACACCUAAAGGUCAGUUUUCUGAUACCAACCAAAGCGAGGAUGACUUAUUAAUAAUACAUUGUUGCAAUUUCUCAACUGGUCCGGUUCGUGUUCACAAAGGCCAAACUCAAACGGUCCAAAAACUGUCACAUGGCAGCAAAAGAGUAGCAUCGUCUGCUCAGUUUUAUGUUGCUGCUGAUCUAGACUGCAUAUCAAUAGACUUUAACCAACCACACAUACGAACGGCUGGGAAGACUGGGACGAUAAUCGGAAGGUCAUAUCACAGAAAACAACAGGCAAUAAUUCGUAACCCCACGUUUGUCCCCGGCCAGACAUAAGCCGCACUUUGCUAACUUUGCCUCUGACCAAAACGGGAUAUGACGUGUAAAACGGCACGCUUCCUGUGAUUGGUGCGGAUGGAGUUCACACCGUUAGUAAAGCGCUGAAGAGUUCACUUGAUAGCGGUCCGAGACCACCCCUACCAGGCGUACCAAAGAGCAGUUGAUUGGUCCGCACCAGAGUUCAAGGACAGCGUUCACACCAACCAAAACGAAUCGCACCAAGAAGGUAAACGCUCCAGGGUUCAGUUCAACUGGACUAAACAAGGCUGGUGUGAACGCGACCAAAAACACCAACAAUGGCAGAUUCUUCAUCCAGACCACUUGCUCUUUUGCUGUCCUGUUUGUUGUCUGUAUUACAGGUUGAUUUAAUUCAUGCAGUUCAUUGAAAUCUGCAUCCAUUAUUUGUUUACAUCCCUGCAGAUGUUUCCUUUUCUUCUUGACAUUUUGAGGCUCCUGUCUUCGGACUGUUUGAUCCCCUCCCUUCCUGAAGAGCCGGGUCUACCCUGCUCUCAGAUUUUGUUUGUUGUACUUUCCUGCGUUUUGACAUUGAGGUUGAUGGAUUAGAAACCAGUCCACAGAUAGAGAUCUCAGUAUUAUUUUUCUAUUCCCGGCUUGUCGCCCUAUUUACCCAACGAUCUCCGGCGGCAGGAAGAAGAAAAGGUUAAAGCGCUGAGAGACUUUCAUGAGGCGUAAAUCACGCUGUGUGUUUGCCUUAACAAAGGUGGACUCCAUUAUUCAUCAGGACUGAACAAGCAUUUACAAAGCUCUGAGAUAAUGACUUUCCUCGAGCUGAGAGUCACUCUUUAUUUGGAGUCGUGAAAUGAACCCUGGACUUUUUAUCCAUGAUUAUUGAUAAAAAUGUAAAAUACGGUUCAGUCAGACCCUCACAGCUGAUUUUUCCCUCUCUCUGAGGUCAGGUUGUGUAGAAGUUGGUGGUUUAACCGCCCGCAGCGCGCAGAGUUUUGAUUCCAGCUGUGAAGUAGAAAAUCGAGUCAUGGUGACACGUCACUGCCAAACUGCCCUUGAGCACAACGCUGAGUCCCAGAAGUGACCACAAACUGGGUCAUGGGAGUGUGGGCAGCCCUGCACGCUUACAAAUCCCUUUGAGUCUGUGUGUGUGUGUGUGUGUGUGUGAGAUAGAAGGAACAGGAAAACACCAAACAGAUAAACUUGAACACGUGCCAACCAUAGGACGUCCUUUAGAUCAGAGUCUCCCUCCUUAUUGACGAACCUGAAGUCUGUUGAAGACAUUAAACUGUUAAGAUUCACACCCUCCAGAUCAGCGCUCUGCAGACCUUUGGGACGCAGUCGUCUGCUGACAUCAGUCUGAUUGUCUGCAGCUGUGUGUUUGGAUCAUAGGCCAAACUUUGAUGAUAAUUGAAGAAGGGAUGGGAAAUGUUAAGAAUUUAAUGAUUCCAAUUCCAUUAUCGAUACGAUUCUUUAUCGAUUCUCACUGAGUGAGACUUAAGAUAACACAAAUGGGUAAUAUAAAUUAACCUACUGGAAUUCAGAAGCAUCUACGGCGGCAAAAGGAUGUAACCCGUUGACCACAAAUCUGCUCACAGCUCGGUGACAUUCGUCUGUCAUUUUACUCUUCCCUGCCUCGAUGAACAGGUCUGCCAAAGGUGUGCGAGAGUUACCCGCUGCAGCCUCUGAGCUAGCAUGACUCUGGCAGUCAUCAUCAUCUAAAUGUAAUUUAAAAUCCGAUUACCGAUUAAUCGGCCGAUUUUUUAAUUUUUUAUUAAGUUAUAGAAAAUAUUUAUAUACUGUUGAUAUCUACAGUAUACUGUAGACAUGCUAUAGGCUACUAUCGCCAAAGCAGACAAACAAUUCUUCGGAACUGAAUCACUGGGAACUGGUUCUAAAAAAGAACCGGUUAUCGAUUCUCAUCCCUCAGUAGAAAUUUGUUCAAAUUACAGUCAGUAUCAUAUCUCUCGUGAUGCCUGUGAUAACAAAUGUACUCUUCAUGCAUUUGUCUCUUUGAAAUACUAAUUUUGUAUUUCUCUAAUAACCCUCUGUGAGUUACUGUCCUGUUGUGAUUGUUGAGCCAAUGAUCUGCAGGCACAGAUGGAUGUAUUUAGAGUUGCUUAAUCUCCCCAAAUCUGCUGUCCAGACUCUCAGCUCGGUGCUUCCAUAAUUUUAAGCCUCUAAACCUACAAUGUUUGGUCCACAUUAACUUAUUUUGCUCUGUCUGUUUUUUUCCACUUCUUUUGCACAUGUUAAUCUGAGUUCUUUGGUUUUGCCUUAUUACUAAAUUAAGUGUUUCUGACAUGUUGUAGUGCGUGCACUCCUCUGGAAACAGCGCUGUGACCUUUCUAUCUGAGGAUUAUUAUUAUUAUCAGUUUGAUUACAGUGCUGUCACAGCUGUGUGUGCUCUCACCUGUGAUGGCAUUUUGUUUUCUAUCUCUUAAAUUAAACCUGCCUGACCAUUAAUCCUGGAAACACAGUGGUAAAAUGUGCAGUUAAAUAAGCUUUUCCAGCAGGUAGAGGCGGAGUAAAGGGGAAUUGUUUUCUCUAUUACUGCAUGGAGGCGAGAUAAACAGCAGUUAAGGGAGUCUUGUAAAGAGGAUUCCUGUCAUCAGUCAUCGUUUGUGUCUCUCCUGCUCAUUGAGCCCAGACAGGAGCAGAGAUUAUUUUUACAUAUCUUUUCAUGCUGAUAGUGAGCAGAAUCAAAUUACAUUCAAUUUGCCGCUCAGUCCUGAAAAGCAUUUAUAUCAUUUGAGCUGAAGUCAGCAGUCUAGCCUUGCUGCUUUCACCCUUUUUUUUUGUGAGUAACAGAUCUGUUCUCAUUAGGUUUGCAUGCUUUUCUUUACUGUUUGAUUUUGUGGUGAAAUCCUGCUUAAACAGCCAUGAAACACAUUUUUACGACCUUUGUGUAAAUCUUUGUUUUGUUGUGAAGAAGCGGGUCUUGUAACGUAAUCCCUGUGAAAGUAAGCACCUAUACCUGCGUCUUUUAAUGAUGUUUAAACAGUAAUGGAGCUACUGUAGCCUAUAAAUCUGCAGGUAAAGGCCAUAGGCAGCAUGUUUAAGACACUGUUUAAAAGCCUUUAUAAAAAACAUGAUGAUUUAUGAGUAUGGAAAAUCUUCAUUCAUGUGUUUUUCUGCAGUAGUUUUAAGUCAAUCAUUGUUUUUUUCCGUUUUAAUCUUGUAUUUGAGCUUGACAAUGACACCAGGGUCUGAUAAAUAUUUACAUGAUGUUUUUUAUCAUCAUUUCAAGCUACAGCUGACUGAUUUAAAAAUGAUUUUAUUAAUUCAAAAAUGCAGCUGUGAAAAAAAGUUCUUCCCUUUCCCUGUUUUUUUUUAACACUUCCAUGGCAACAGUCUCCUCUUAUCAGCCGACUUGUGGACUAAAUUAACAUCAACUUAACAUUUUCAUUCACGGUUAGGUCAAAAUAUCAGGAUACCCCUGUUGGCAUUUUGAACUUAUGCUUAAAAUAAACACAGCACCUGGUUAAGGCCUCCUGCUCCUAUGCUUUAAUUUCAAACCCCUUACCGUGGUCAUGUUUGUGUUUACGACACGUUUUCUUCACUUUGUCUAAAGUCUUUUUUAAACAAUAACCCCAAAUCUUUAGUUUUCUGCUCCCUUAAUAGUUUUAAAGAAUUUUAAGACAUCCUCAGCGGAAAUGUGAAUUAAGGUGCGCUAACAUCUGAUUCUGCAGCACUACACCGGUGGGAGAAACUAAAUCUAACUGUCCAAUUAAGAAAGGGAAUCGAGAUAUUACAAGAGUGAAAGUGUAAUGAAAGGAAAACAUGGCAGUUUAACAGCCUUGGCACAAAUUUAUGACUGAUUUUUAUUGAGCAAAACUAAACUAAAAAAACCGACAGCAAAAGAACCCUGAAAUUUGGCAGCAAAGAAUAAAGACUAAAUCUGUAAUAGCUGCCAAAAUUGACAUGGAGACCUGGCUGAAGACACAGCAGAGCUGUAAGUGCAGGUUAUGCAAGCUCGCACUAAAAGAGAGUCAGCUCAAAGUCCAGUUUACACAGAUUAAAAUGAACUUGUCCACGUUCACAGUACAGUUUUGAACUAAGUUAACGGUCCAAGACUCUGACAGAGCCUCCUAUUCUUCAAUCAUUAGCUCCCAAUCAUUCACAAAAAUCUCAUUUAAAUUUAAUUUACCAGUAAAAUACAGAAAAAUCUGCAUCUUUCAUAACCACCAACACACCUACAACAACACUAAUCUGUUUGCUGAAUAUUUGGCUAAAUGUACCGACUCAAACACCCAAAUACGGAGUGACAGUCUGCUUCGUAACGCACGAGGUGGGUGAGACGGUUUUCACAUCCCUGAGAAUAAAGGCGUAGGAGUGAACACACUCAAACCCAAAAAUAGAAAGAUAAUUAAAACCAUGUGAGCUGUUCGCCUGUGGGAAUCUGUGCGGGUUUGUUCAAAACAUUUCUUCAGAAGUUCUCAAGAGUCGGUCUUAUCGGCUGUAGGUUGCAGCAUUCACGCCAAAACAACUGCUCAAGAACAAACUUGGUAUUAGCCAACUUACAAUAUCUGUAAUCGCACAAUUCUUGGUUUAAAAAAGUUGAACUGGCUCCAAACUUUGCAAAUGAUGUCUCAAAAUGAAUCUGCUAACUGUUAAAGUUCGAGAAAACGGAACAAAGAUUACGCUGCUGCACACUCAUAAAUCAGAUUAAACUUAAUUUUAUAUGAACUUUGUCUAAAACACAAGAACUCUAUGAGUUACAUUUAAAUGUUUUGAGGUUCAGGUUAUAGACGAUAAAAGAUUAACAAAGAUUUAUUCGCCGUGUAAAAAAGUCCAACAAAAAGUUUCAACCUUGAAUUAUGAAGUUGAAUCUGAACAUCCCAGUGACUCAUAUUUUCUGUGAAUAAAACCGAAUUCAAAGAAGCUCUCGAGUCCUCUUGUUCUUAGCCCAGUUUUUAUUCUCUCUCAUAUUUCUCUGUCCUAAAAAUAAAAGGUCAGUGUUUGAUGAAAAAGGUUAAAAAAGAAGUACAGUCCUCAACACUUGCUUUUAUGUUACACGACACUGUGUGUGUGCGAGAGUGUGUUUAGCAACGUAGGAACAAGUUGGAUACGACUCCUCUUCACUGUCCUCUUCCAUUUGCCGAGCCUUGAAAUGAUGACAGAUAAUGGGCCGCACAGCUACUUCUGCGAUACUAACCGCUGACUGGAGGCCAAAUUGGAAGAAAGUAAGUCGGCUCCAGAGAGGAGCUGCCUGUGGUCUCCUUGGUAACUAAAAGUGUUCAACUAUUUUUCCUAAAAGGUCAGAAGAAUGAGGAGAGGGAUUAGAGAGAUAGAUCCCCCUGAGCUUAUCUGGAGUUGUUGGAGGUGUCCUCAGAGAGCUCAGGUGCACUUUGGCGACCGAGUCUUUGAGAGGAGAGGUUCGUCUGACGCUGACCACGACAGACAUUCUUAUUAGUGGGUGGAGGAAGCACUUGGCAUGCAGUAAUAAACGCAUGGAUUAAGAUUUGUAUGAAUAUUCUGAUGAGGCAGCUGCAUCCACAAGCCAGUAUUUAAUUUUGGUGGCAGAGAAGGAAAAAAAAAAGCUGCGUCACAAACGGUCGCCAUGGCUGCAUCAUCAUGGAAGUCCAUUACAAAGCGGACUUGGGGGACACGGGUCUUAAUGCAUAACAAGCAGGUCCUCUCAGAGCGUCAGGGGAAGUGGUGAGACCAGAGAUGCAGGUAGAGCUGAGAGUCUGAGAUAUCUAAGGAGCAACUUUUUCUCACACAUAACGCUGUUGAACAUUUUCUGCUCGCCUCAUUAUCUUGCUUACGUAAUUGUUAUUUAUAGAAGAAGCUGUGGACAUUUAGGAUGUGACCAAUUUACUUCUGCUUCAGAGUACUAACCUCAGAUAACAGCUUUUACAGAGGCGUCUGCUGGUGUGUACAUCUGAACCUAAAGUUUCCUGACUUUAGAACACAAAUAGCCUAUUCGUCUAUAAUUCUUUGGGUUUCAUUAAUAUUAAUCAGAUGAGGCUUAAAGGACAUUAAGCAUGUAUCAAGGUCUUAGUUUGUCUUUGGUGGCUUUUAGAUGAAAAUGGUUUACACCAGCGUAUGGGUGACCAUACGUCCUCCUUUACCCGGACAUGUCCUCUUUUUGGGGGCUGUCCGGCUUUGUCCAGGGGGAGUUUAUGUCCGGGGUUUUGUGCAGCGUGGACUAACUGAGUUAGAAGCAUGUAAAAAAACACUCAACCCAACCUCAAAAUUUUGCGUGAGACUCUGCCCUGCGUAGUCGUGUCCUCUUUUGGGGAUUCAUUGUAGGGCUGGGUGAUAUGGCCUCAAAUCAAUAUCAGAAUAUAUUGAUCAGUUCACCUCAGUAACGAUAAAUGGACAAUAACUGCUCCACAAGCUGCUCAAGCGAAGCGAUGUAAAUACCAGAGACUCUGGCGGAAUAACGGGCGUUUAAAACGGACAUAGACCGGACAAGAGCUAAAAAGCCGGGUCAACAUAAACGAUAGGGGGCACUUCGGGAUCUUCCUGACCCUGUAACCUUUCUGCUGGACAGGUAAACCGCUUUAACAAAGUAAGACAAGUGUCUGUAACAGAAGUGUUUCUUGUCAAACGGACCUGCUGCAGCGUGUUGUAGUGCCAUCGCUAAACUGUCUCUCUCGGGUCCUGGACUAUGUCACUUUAUCCUAGAUGUAGAAGUCCUGCAAACAUUGUGUUUGCUGGUAGUCUGUUGGCAUCUACAGUAGCACCAAUGCUUUUGACUUUCACCUUGACUGAGCCCCAUUUGUAAUGAUCUGAAGUAUUUAUCUGCAUUAUAUCUGAAUUUAAUUGGAAGGAUACGAGCAAGCGAGUUUGUGGGCGGGCUUGCUGGAGCUGAGAGGAGGAGCUGAGGGGAAAACUGGUUGGGAGGGGUAGAGUUUACAUUCAAGAUUUCUCCCAAAAACGGACACCUCCUCAGAUCCUGCCUACCCUACCUUUACCAUGGGCAAAAUGACGUCAGUUAUUGUCAUAAAUUUCGGUAUCUGUAAAUUUUCAGUUUAUCACCCAGCCCUAAUUCAGAGUAUGGUCACCCUAAAUUAGAUUCAAUGUGAGGUUGACAGUCGAGCCUGUUGUUAUGACUUCUUAUUAAGACAUAUUAAUGAUUAUAUACAUUAAUUUAGCUCACUAAGCAUGUUUAUCAUCAAGAGAUUGCUGACUCUCUGCAGCCUGUUAAAACCAGUAUCUCACCUUCACCAUGGUCUCUUUCGGAUCACUUUUUAGACCUCACAUAUUCAAGUUAUCAUCUAUCUAAAUGUCUAUAAACACAGGAAAGAGAGAGAGGAGGACAGACUCCUCGGCUGAAGUUAUUCACCUUCCACAAAUAGACUUAAGUCAUUGUAUAAUAAUGAAGACGGAGUUAGAGCUCUCAUUAAUAUUUGCAGGAGAGUACGGGGAUUUAAAUAAAUGACUAAAUGAGUUUGCAGACUUAACGGCAGUUUGUUGUAUUAUUAUUUUAAGUUCCACUGAAACUGGUGAGGAGGUAUUAAUUAUAAAAGAGUCAAAUAUGCUGCACCCCCGGGGAGGACACAGAGAAAGAGAGGGAGCGUGUGCGUGUAUAAGGACGCAAAACAAAACCUGGAGUGACUCUGAGUAACUCUCAGGUUUAUCAGAGAAGGUCAAGAGCCAUACUGCAGCGUGGAGUUUGCAUAUUUCAUCUCUAUUUUGGGACCAAAUUGGGGACGGCUGGAUAUUAGUGCUGUAUCCGCCAUAUUCUACAGCCUUGGCACACACUGUGAACAAGUACAAAUAAGACUGUUGUCAUCCAAUAAUUUAUGAUAGGAUGAACAAUACAUCAUGGAUGAGAGGUCAAGAGACAACUGUAAGUGCUUUCAAUGCAUCUUGAAGACCAGGAGAGCUCAGAGAGGCUCUCUGAGGCGACUGUUAUUAGAGCGAAGAGGCCGAAACUUCACUGAAGGAUCAGGGCAGGAUGAUGGUGUCAGAGUCCAGACGGAAAAGAGGAGGCCGAAGAGGGAAGAGCACACUGUUAAAUAAUGAGUGAGGUGGGAUUUCAGAGUGCUUUAAGAUGAACUACAUGUGCCGUACUCAGCUGGUGAUGCAGUGAAGUAUACUGUACAGAUAAACAUGAUGAUCAUGCGGCUCAGAAAAUAACUCCAGGUUAGAGAUCCAGGUUCAUCUGCUCGCUCCUGAAGAUUGAAAAGGAAAGACACCAAUCAUCCAUAUUAUGACCACAGACAGGUGAAGUGAAUAACAUUCAUCAUCUCUUCACAAAGCUCCUGUCAGCGAGUGAGUGGGUUAUGUUCGGCAGCAAAGGGACAUUUUGUCCUCGUUGAUGUGCUGAAAGCAGGAAAAAUGAGUGAGAGUAAGAAAGUGAGCGAGUCUGACGAGAGCCAAAUUAUGAUAGUGAGCGAGAAAACUGGGUCUGAUUAUGAGUCUCUACAUCUGCAGCUCUUGUGGGCUGUUCUUGGUCUGUGAUAAUAAUUAUUAUUAUUACAUUUCACAUCCAGAGAAACCAGGAGGCACCUUUACAUUUUAUUUACUGGACAGACAUUUAAAAGGGACUUUAUUUACACUUUAAACAUAAUAAAAGAAUCCAGAGGGAACCUUUUGCAUUUAAUUUGUAAUACUGGAAGGGCAUCCAGAGGGUAAUUCUGAUGUGAAAUAUAUUGAAAAGAUAUCCAAAGGGUAAUUUUUUAAACAUCUAUAUGCUGAAAGGAUAUUUUUUAGGUUGUCUUUGCUGAAAGUGCAUCCUGAGGGAACUUUUAUGUCAUAAAUAUGGUGAAAGUGAGUCCUGAGGGAAUUUUUUAUGUUACAUACAGUUUAAAGGGAUCCAAAUGGCAUGUUCUCAAUGCUUCUUAUUAUGGCAGAGUAUGCAGAGGGAACUUUUUCUGCAUCUUGCUUACUUGGCAAGAACAUAGAGGGAACCAUUUACAUCUUAUGGGCUGGGACAACAUCCAGAGGGUACUUUUUGCAUUUAUAUGCUGAAAGAGAAUCCAGGAGGAACUAUUUCAACAUUUAUCAUCUGAAAGUGCAUCUCAAGGAUAUGUUUUAGAUUUUCUUUGCAGAAAGGGCAUCCGGAGAGAACUUUUUUAUGUUAAAUACGGUACAAAGGAAUUUCAAAUGACAUGUUCUCAAUGGUUCAUAUUAAGGCAGAGCAUCCAGAGGGCACUUUUUCUGUAUUAUGCUUACUGGACAGGCAUGUAGAGGGGACCAUUUACGUUUUAUUUACUGGACAGACAUCUAAAAGGGACUUUAUUAACACAGUGACAGAAUUCAGAGGGAAUUUUUCGCAUUUCAUUUGUAAUACUGGAAGGACAUCCAGAGGGUAAUUCUGAUGUUAAAUACAUUGAAAGGGAAGUUAGAGGGAACUUUUUUUGUAAUAAAUAUGGUAAAAGUGAGUCCUGAGGGAACUUUUUCAGGGUAAAUACGAUAGAAAGGAAUCCAAAUGACAUGUUCUUAAUGUUUCAUAUUAAGGCAGAGCAUCCAGAGGCCAGUUUUCUGCAUUGUGCUUACUUGGCAGGGAUGUAGAGGGGAUCAUUUACAUUUAAUUGGCUGGAACAACAUCCAGAGGGAACUUAUUCUACUUUUUGCAACAGGAGGAGCAUCUAUAGGGCGUGCAGCUAGUAGGCAUGCAGUCUUUAAAAGAUGUAUAUUCUUGAUGGUCUUCCAUAGAGCCAUGUUCUCACAUGUGACAUACUAGAGGGGCAUCUGGAUGGCAUUUUUUUUAAUGAAAGGACAUUAUAAGGGAACUUUUGAAUUAUCUGUUUUCAGAGGGAAUCUAGAGGGCACUUUUCUGCAUUUUAUACACUGAGGGACAUACAGACGGCACUUUGUCAUGAUACAAAUCAGGAUAAUUCACCUUUUUAUAUUCAUCAGUGGUUUAUUUUAAUCAAAGGCAUGUACAUCUUCACUUCCAUUGCACCACUCUCCUCCACCUCUUUACUGCAGACCCUGCAGCAUACCUGCACUGUGGUCCAAGGACAUGGAUGGGCACUCUGAGGGGUGGAAGGGACAUCCAUUCAUCACCAUGGCACUAAUAGUUGCCCAUCAUCUCUAUUGCGGUGGGAGCCGGUAAACCAGCACCAGAGACAGGUGGUGUGCUGCAUUGAGGAGGCCAUAAAGUACCCAAACUACUGCUCUACAGCAAUUACCAGGACAUAAAACAUCAUAAAGGUGUCGGGAUGCAGGAGCAGAAGCGCUGUUUCUAGGUGUGUCAAGUACACACUAUGAUUCUGUAAAUAGGUCACCAUUUAGAAAAGCUUUGUGCAGUGACAGUGGGAAGCAGAGCAUGAGACUUUCAGAGAGGCGAAUGAAAACAAGAAUUAUUUUUAGAGUUCAGUGCUGAUCAGAAUUUCUAAUAAGGACAAUACUUGUGUCAGACAUGACCCCUGAAAGACUGCUGUAAUACUGAAAAUACAGAGUUUUAGGAUGAGUCAGAGCAAGGAUCUUAAAACUGACGUGUAGAAAUGCUUCAACUUAGUUUUAUUGAGAUAAGAAGUCAGAAAGGAAAACUGGGUAGGUGCUGUGAGCUCAAAGAUGGCUGCUGCUAUAUAAAAGAAAAGAAAAAGAACAAAUCUUUUCUGUGAACCUACUGAGAAACGAACAAAUCACUCACGUGAGUGAUUUGUUCGUUUCUCAGUUCAGUUGAGCUGUCAGCUGCCAUAGCACGCAGCAUUGCCAGGCAAGCGGCUGCAGGGAGGGAAGGAGGGACCGCACACGCCGACGCCUGAAUCACUUGGUUAAGGAAUCACUGAGUGAACUACGCUCUCCGGAAUCAUUUCGUCUGAGGGAUACACUUUCAUGGUGACCAUUGUUCCCCGUUGUUGUAACAGUACACCUAAACUAUGAUGAUUUAUAAACAAAUUCAUUUUUACAAACGCGUUUGUCAAAGCAACACAGCCUCAACUCUCUCGUCUCAUGGCCCCCCAGAAGCCAUAAACCUGAACCGUUCAGCUGUGUAUCAGUUCAGGAAGUCCGAGUCGCAGGCUCCUCUGCCAGGCGCUUAAUGAUUCUGUGACUCGGUGAACAAAUCUUAUGAAUGAAUCUUUUUAGUGAAUUGAUUCUAGUGAGUCAGAAAAGAACUGCCAUACCCAUCAACACUACUAUACCAAUGUUCCAGAUGUGUUCGGGCUGCCAGAUCAGCCCCUAUGAUGACGUCUCGCUUUAUGAUUGGCUGGAAGUUGGUUCUGAUGAUGCCGAAGAUUGUGGUUGGUCCAGACAUUACGAAAGCGGUUUUCACCAGAUUAGGUUUCAUGGGAUUGUAGUUCUUCUGAGAAAACAUGGACGAAUUUUCCAAGGCAAUCUACAACUUCUUAUCAAAGGGGACUUAGGACUAAGACAUAAAGAAUAAAUACCAUCUUAAAAUUACACUGGAGUAAGUUGUAAUUCUCUGUUUUAUAUGGAGAGAAAAUUUCGAGUUCAGUUGAAUGAACAAACGGAAAUAAAGAAAACUGCGUGGGCCUUUAAACCGAGCACAUUAGACGUAUUAAAUGAAGCGCAAUGUUGUUUGUCUGAGUGGACUUGCCGUAGUGUGACGUCUUGAACAGGAGCUGGGCCCCGAGUCCGAACACAUCUGGUACCUACAUCGUCAAAUCUGACUCCAAUCGGGGCUAUAUUUUACUCACAGGACCAAAAACAAACAAAUCUCUGUUUCUCUGUUUUGAAAACUUUCACGGUGACAUUAACUUUCUCUCUUAAGCGUCCCUCUGUACCUGUGGGCUAAAAUAAGCUGUGUCAGUAUUCACAGAAUAUUUGACACCGGUCUGACCUGAGCUGCAGUCCUGAGCUCGAGUUAAGAGGCAAAGAACGUCUGUCCCGAGAUGACUCACUUUGCCUUAUGUAAGCAUUAAAAUGAGGCUGAAAAAAGAAGAAGAAAAAAACAAAAUCACUCAUUCAACCUCAACUUGAGCAGAACUCAGAGAACAAACAGAACUCGACGUUAAGUUUGUUAAGACUAAUGAAACCAAGGCUGAAUUCUGUGAAAAGAUGAAAAAACAGACGGGUUUGCUUGUUUUUCCUGCUUCUUCCUCUGUUGGAAACCACAGCUCUGUUCAUGAUGUGCUCUGUGAAAGAAGCAGCUCGAUUUUUCUUUCACGGAGACGUUCCUCAAAUAGAAUCGGAGAGCUGAAGCGUUCCUUGAGGACUGAGCUUGUCUGAUCUCGGUGAAAUCUCAGAACUUUCACUUGACAGAUUUGAUGCUCUUCAGUCCUGAGCGGCUGAAAAUAAAUACAGUGAGAUGCAUCAAAAUAAAAAGGUGGAUAGAUACGCCUGAUUGGGUUGAUGCAUCUAAUUUGAAACAUGAAAAUCUGCAAGAGAACAUCCCCUUCAACAACAGCAGUCUGCAUAAAACACAGCCUGAGGGAAAGAUUAGCUGUGUGCAGAUUUCUCACCUUCUCUGCACUCUCAUUCACUCUAUGUUAAACAAACCGAGCAAAAAGGCGGCGAAUCCACACUUUUGAAAACAGAGCAGGGGAGCCGCGCAGAGAGGAGACUGUUCAAAAAACAAGAACACUUUGAUUUGAGGAGAGACGUCUGCAUCUCUGUGCCCUGCUCACUCACACAGACAGACUGUAACAUGGAAAUCUGUCCUUUUCUAAAACGGGUAACACUUCACUUUUUCACACAGGCUCCGUUUGGAUCGCCCUCGAGAGAAGUGUCGCAGGAAUUUGAAACGUCUCGCUGAGAUGAGUGAUGGAGGGAUCCUCCUGCUGAAAGUUUCUGAAAACAGUCGUUUGACAGACUCUCCCUUUCUCACAGAAGAACUUCCUCUAAACUUUACUCUCCUCCACCAAAACCAGCUGCUUGUUGGUGAAUAAUUCACUGUGUACCCUCUCUCAGACAUAAAUGGUUUGAGCGCCGCUGCUGCUGCUGGAGAUGACCGACGAUUGCUGCACGCUGAGGCUGUUUUAAGAAUGGUUCACUUUACAUUGCCCCAGCUUGUAGUCGGGUGGAUGUAUUACGCUGUUUGUCUGUGACAGGGUAAUCCCUACGGGCUGCUGCGGCUGUGGAUAUGUCCCAAAUCCUCCAGAGAUGUGAAAAAACCCUCUGAACUCUCCGUGUGCGUCACCGUGGAUGUUAUAUAGCACGCGGUGGUUCUCAGGGAGGUGAAUUUAAUCCCUUGCUGCUGGUUUUUUAGUGUGAUUAUGUGCCGCCUCUGAGGAGUGGGUAUCCCAUGUGGUUUAAAUAUGUCACCUAUUUUAAUCUGCAGUAAUGAAACAUAUUUUGUAGCUGCAGUUUACAUAUUCCCAGCAUGGAGCAUGACACCGAUGAACUGCACUGGAAGCUUAUGGCUACCUGCAUUGAUUUAUCAACCGUUUCCACCUUUCACUUUCACUAGCGCUGACAUUUUCUAGUUUAUUUCAUCUCAUUGUUUUGUCAGUACGGCCUGCAAAAAUGAUGAUCCUCACUCUCUCAUCUCUUAUCAUUGCAGAUUCAGCCUCAGGGCAGCUGUUUCUUAACCAGAAAAUCCACUUUACUCUGCCUGCUCAGACCCGAACAGCAGUCAGAAUAGUUAACACAAGCCGGUGAACAAAGUGGAGCUUUUAUCAGUGGGAAUAAUACCGAACAUUUCCCACAGGAAAACAGAGCUAAAAGCAGAGUGAAGACCUUUAAAUUUGUUAUGUUGACAGAAAAAGCAGAACCUAAUAAAAUGGUAAUACUACUAAUGCCAACUGGAUAACAUAUUCUUGCAUAGGGGUGUCCCGAUACAAUAUUUGUAUCUGAUAUCAAUAUAAAGUAAAAUAUCGGAUUAUAUUGGCCUGCAUCUAAAAUCUCUGAUAUCACAACAACAGUGUGUACUCAGGUACUAACAAAGUACCAAGGAGUAGGACUGACGUCGGCCCUGCGUCAGUAUUUUUCGUUAAAGUCUGAAAAAGAUGUUACAGCUGAGUGAAAAACUUAUCAUGCACAAGCUAGUGCUAAUAUCGGAUCAAUAUCGGUAUCAGACAAUAGCUACAAUAUCGUACUGACAGCUACCAUUUCAGUAUUGGACAACACUGACAGCAACAAUAUUGUUAUCUGACAAUACUGACAGCUACAAUAUCAGUACUAACAGCUACAAUAUCGGUAUUAGACAACACUUACAGCUACAGUAUCAGUAUCGACCAAUACUGACAGCUACAAUCUUGGUAUCAUAUCGGAGGUAAAAAAGUUGUAUCGGGACACCCAUAUUCUUGCAUUGAUUAUUAACUGCAGAUAAUUGUUGUAUAGUUUUAGUUCUUAUGGAGACUAUAAACCUGUUCACUGCAGAAAACAUCAUGUAUUAAUGGGAUAGUUUGCAAAUGAGGAAAAAGGAGACAUGAUCCAUUUUCAAUCCUCACUGUGAUUGGGCGAGAGGUGGGGUACACCUGGACAGGUCAUUAAACUAUCACAGGCCUGGGAUAUGGAGACAAACAAAGAUCCACGCACAAACACACAAACACACUCACACCUACAGGUGAUUUAGAGCGAACAACUAACCCAGCAGGCAUGUUUUUGGACUGUGGGAGGUAACCAGAGAGAAAUCAGGCAUACACACGGUAAGACCUCGAAACAGGAACUUUUUACACUAAAACAACUUUAAAAUAGAUUUUUAUAAUAUAAAAAUAUUCAGGGUUGAUGCCAGGUCUUACUUCAUUUCACUUCAAAAACUACCAAAGUGAGCCAAGUCUGGAGUCAACAAGUCAGAGGUUUUCAGAGCUUAUCAAACCUCUGAUUUCAUAUUUAACACAAGAAAUCUUUGUUUUUUAGACUCUAUCUGUGCCGAUGAAUGAAGUUAAACAGAAACAAAAGAAGAGACAAACUGAACAAACACACAAAUAUCUUGAAGUCAUUGUCAAGAACUCAUGGAGGUGUCACACUAUCAGGGUUAUCUGGGUGCAAUUUUGCUAAAAAUAACUCGGAAAUGAGAGUUUUUUUGCACAUUUACUGUCUUUGCAAAGCCCCACUAACAAAACUACCCAAUACAAUUAUAAACCUUGAUGAUGCGAUGGGCUGCAGAUGCUGUGAUACUUUUAGAUUUUGCAUCGUAGCAGAAGUUUCAAUGUGCCUUCGUGUCGAGUCUGCAAAACUGAAUCUCUGAGGUGCAGACAAAAAUCACAGAACUAUUUUCAGUUUUAGCUUGAGGAAGGAAACAGCAAACCAGAAAGCCACCUGAGCAGAUGUCAAAGAGAUAUGAGGUCAAUGUUUGAGCCUCUUAAGAUUGAAGAUACUGAACACCGUGAGCAGAAAAACUACAGCAAACCUUCAAUAAACCAGAUUUUUUACAAGUUAGCAGACAUGUUUACCACAAAAUGAUGCAGAACAAGUCAAAUCUGGUGCACCAAGAUUGGUAACUGAUCCAGAUUGGUCAGUGUUGUUUCCACCCUGUUUCUGCUGCCCCCAAGUGGCCAAAAAAUACACUAUUACAGUUGUAAUAACUCACCAGAAUAGCUCAUGCAGAAGUUUAAUCUUCAGACGGUUUUUGUUUUAUCAAAAUAUUUCUGUAUGUUUUCUCAGAAGGUGGGAUGUGGAGGGAUAAACCCAGUUAUGUAACUCUCGUGUGUCUGUUUCCUGCUUCAGGCUCAUUGGGGUCAGUAAAAUAUAAUCACUUUAUGUCAAAGCCCACCGGGUCAAACCAACCGGAGGGCUCUGCAGAUGCUCUCAUCAGCUCAUCCUGCUGAAACGCACGCAGGAGGCGGUGUAAUGGAGUGUUUAAAUGCGUGCUUUCUUAUUCAACCUGGCAGUUGUUUUUUUCUUGAGAGGGAUGGUGAGAGGAUCUUGAAUCGCCUGAAAACAGCUCUGACUUCUAAGAGGCUGAGGAUGAGUCAUAGUUUGUGGAGAUCUGCCCUCCAACCAGCAGCAAUGCACAGAUAUCCCCCCCCCAAAUAACCCACAUCACCACCUUUCUCUUUAGUGAAUGUGGCAUUCACAGAAGUGUGGUAUCGCCGGGUUUCCAUCAUGAGCUUCUUAGAAUAUUUCUUUCUUUGGAGUUUUGUCCUACUUCGCCUCGUAGGUUCCUGUGAAUCACCACAGUGGACUGACUGCCUGCAGCUGCAACUACUAUUUAUAUCACUCUUAUACUUAUAUUGUUAUUAUAGUUGUUAACUGUAAUCUCAGAGCUGCUUAACUCCAACUGAUACUAUCACUGUUAUUACGCACUUCAGUCCUUUGGUUAAGCUUACAGGGUCUUGGCAUAAUAUUGCAAUAAUAUGACUAAUAUUACAUUUAAUGCAGUGCUUAAAGACCCACUCUGAUGAAAAUCAUGUUUGUCUUGUUGUCUACAUGUUCAUUUAUCACUUUUCUAAUGCUACAGGACAUAUCAUGAGAAAAAAGUAUUUCUGCAUUUAAAUCUGUGAAUCUCUGGCAGACCCGAACAGCAGGUUCAGACACAGACAUUGAGAAGUAAAGAGGACGACCGUGGAACAAGUGUGUGUGUUAGCGGAUUGCAAUGCUCGUAAGAAAGCUAAUUAUGAUAUUAACUUUCAUCGUGUCUCUAAAGAUGUUACUGUCCCGGGGCUGAAUAUCUUCUAUGUUACCUGCUACUUCUACAACACUGGCAAUGUUAGGCUGCAAGCUAGUGUAAAAAGGAGUGUACAGAGCAGCGCUGUCUCCGCCCACGACUCAGAGGUGAAUUGCUAAUGAGCUACUGAAGCUCUGCAGAAGAAAAGCCCUUAAAAAUGACACAGGUGACGUGAUUUUGGCUAAAGACUUCAUAAUUACAAUUUGAAAACCACUGAGAACACUUUAAGUAGAAAUCAAAAAUGAUUGGAGUGGGACUUUAAAGUGCACCAGUAAGCUCCGCACUACCUUAGACCUGAAGAUCACUGUUUUUCAGGCUUGCACAUUGUGCUCCAUAUGCAUGGUGUUUGUAGAUCCUUAUAUUCUGACAGAUGUUACCUCUAGUGUCAAAUGCAGGGUCGUGUGAUUCUUUAAAGAUGAAUAGAAACUACUGAAACAACCUGCAGCUAUAAUGGAAGCUAGUUUUGUCUGAUUACGGAUAAAUCUACAAAUUUGAGGCAUUGAGGUCUUUGCACAGUCUAUUUUUUUGUCUGCAUUGUUUCAGGUUUAAAAAGACAAUGAUUUGUCAAUCACAUCUGCAGACAAACUCAGAAACUUUCAUCUGUUUUUGUUUUGAAUUAAUCUUUAUUUUUGCAUCUGACCAGUUUGCUCCCCAGGGUGUUAUAAGUUAGAAUGUAAAGCUAGAUGCUGAUCAGGAUCAAUUGCUCUGAAUGUGUUGCUCGUCUUUAAUCUGUGGUUGCAGCAGCACUAGAAGUAUUUCAGUCUGGACCUCUGACAUCCUCAAAUUUACCUGGAAUGAAUCAACAAAACACACACAUCCUCUUCAGUGUGCAACGUUUCUAUUUCCUGAUGUUUUUUAUUGGGUUACAUAUCCAAAAAAGUGCAUCUGAAAAAACAGGGACUCAGUGUUCAAAGACUUUUGCAAAAGACCGGUGCUUUAAGUGGGCCAGCAGCACGCUCUGGUAUGUAGCACCACCACCUCUAAAUUUAACCCUCUGGCGUACCGGGAUUACCUGCGGCCAGUAUCUUUUUUUGUCUUCAUGUUACUUUUUCCCAAUAGCACCUAAAAUACAUUACCCAUGGUGCACUAGGUCAUGCCCACAUCUUUCCCUGGUGUUGUAUUACUCUAUUUAUGCGAGUGAGCUCCUUCAAUCUUAAGUCAUCAGUGUUAUCCGUAGUUUACCUGACCUGAAGGACAGUCGGUUUGGAGCAUGAGGAUGCAGAGAUGCAAAAGCUCGAUAUUUUGAUUGAAAUCAGACAAAUGAACUUGGUAAGAUUUGAGAAUACAGAGAACAGGGAGAUGAAUGAGAUUUAUGGUAGAGGACGCAGAAAAGUCAAGCGCAGCACACACUCACAUCAAACCUUUCUCUGCUGGUGUUUGCAGAAUUUCGGCCAGUGAAGCAAAAACGAUGUUUCUUUACUCGCUGACAAAAACAAAAACUACUUUCACAAGUGAAGUGUGAGCGAGUGAGCUCUGAAGCACAUUCUUCUGUCAGCUCAAAACACAGAAGUUUUCACCUUGUAAACUGUAACACUGCACACACCUGCAGAGAAAGCUGCACGAGAGUUAUGAAAAGUAAUGUGCGUGCAUGGCUGCUUGAUUUGUGUGCUUUUCUGCAUCCUCAUGCAUGAACAUCAUUUGAUUUCUGAUCUCGACUUGACAUUGGUAUUGUCUUAUUUUUAAUCCAGAUAUUGCAUCCAGAUUAUAGAUCACAUUGGUUCAUAAGAUGCAGACAGUUUUUGGAGGUCUCCUCAAUAGAAAAGGGUCUUCCUAUGUGAGUCCACAACGUGCAAUUUCUAUCUGUGCUUGUUAUCCUGCUAACUACUGGUACUAAGGAGCUCAGUUAGGGUGGUUUUGGGUGCUUGUUUUGGUUGAUCUAGACUAAACCAAAGUCUUGUUAAGUCUAUAAUACUUUCGAUGUUAUAAUCAUGUAGCCAUCAUUCUUGAUCAAUAUACUCUGGGUGGAUUCUUGUCACUCACAACUGCAGUUGAAGGAUUGGGAGUUAAAGUUUUGACGUGACCGACCUGGGCCCCCGGAUCUUUCAGGACAAUACAAAAGUGUGUGUGUGAUACUGAAGUUUAAACUCGAACCCUGACCUUAAGCUUCAGUAAAAUGAAAUAACGAGAAACUUUUGGCUAAAUUCUGAACUUAUCUGACAGAAAAGCAAAGAGGAGGCAUCUGUGUUUGACGCUCUUUCAAUUAUUGUGUCGAUCGGUCUUCUGUGCCACCACCUGUGCCCAAAACCUGCCAAGGGCGACAAAGUAAUGACACCUGUCUGCGAUAAAUGAUGGACAUUUCUGCUGCUCGUCGAAGCGCUGCCUCGAAAUUCUGAUUAGAGUUAAAUGUAGGUCACAUGCCUCAGGUGCUGGUCGAAUUAUACAUGUAAUGACUCCGUGCCGCUCACUUAAGCAGAUUAUAAACGUCAGAUCUGUGUCAAAUUUAAGUGUGUAUGUGUGUGUGAGAGAGUGAGGAGGUACGGUGGUGCACUCAGGUGGUGUGAGGGCCAAAAUAAUCGUAUAAUGAAAGGAGCACUUCCUGUUUGCUGUGGGGCAUCAGGGCGAGGAAAACUGUCUCACAAGACCGGUUUGUAGCUCUUCACUUUUCUGACCGUGUUCUAGCUUUGGAAAAUAAAGGUGGGCAAGUUAACUUUUCAUUUUAGCAACCUGAAGGUUAUAGGAUCGAAUCUCUUACAGACUUUAAUUUUUAUUUUUUUUUACAGUCAAUCCAUUGAGGGGGCAUCUAGAGGGCGACUUUUUAUGAUUCAUGCGUUUAAAGGGCGUCCGGGGGCACUUUAUGAGAGAUGAGAGAUGAGAUUCGAUUUAUUGUCAAUGUGCAGUACAAGUACAGUACAGCGAAAAGUAUUUUCGCAUCUCACCAGAGUGCAAAGUAAACAUGUCAGUGCUAGUGAUACAUUAUUUCAUAGGUAAGGAAGUAGUGGAAAUUUAAUAAAUAAUUAUGUGUAUUAUAGCGAUAAAUAAUAAAUAAAUGCAUUCAAUACUGUCAGAUUAAUAUUGCACAGAAGUGCUAGAUAGACUAAGGUCCAGUGACCAUAUUGCACAUGUCCACAGGAUGAGUUAUACAGUCACAAGAUACAGCAGGAACGUGGGUGGGUUACUGGAGGGGGGAGAGGAGUGGAUGAGGAGUUUAGGGAGAUGACAGUGGAGGGGAAAAAACUGUUCGUGAGUCUGCUUGACUUGGAAGCGAGAUUCCGGUAAAAACUUACAAAUACGCACUGUAUUGUGUAUGGAUAAGAAGGAUGUCCAGAAACUACGAAGACGUAUUGCGUUCACUUACAAACUAAAAAAAGGAAACUGUUUUUUAAGUUAUUUUUUUCUUCGCUGUUUUUCAGACAAAUUGUAAGCACUUUUCCUCCUCUUGUGGCAACAUGGAGUGGGAUACAUUUUUUUUUCUUCUGUUUUUUUGUACUAAUAUUUUUCCUCAAAAUUUGAUUCUGUUUUUCGUACUAUUUUUUCGCCUUUCUGUUUUCCUUACUAUUUCUUUCCCUGACUAAUCGAGAUAUUUCAAAAUCCUGCGAGAAUCUCAUACAAUCAGAUACCGUUAACCACCGUGGCUGCACUAAAUCUGCAGCUUCUCCAGCUCCUAGAUAACUUUGACUACAGGGUCAAUGAAAGUAAAACAUGUUAUUAGUUAAACAUAGGGUAUGUAAAUCCUGAGGUGUCUGUGCAAAGCAGACAAACUUAUGAUGAUUCCAUCUAUCUGACUUAAAGAAAGGAGUAUCUCCCAGUGUCUCAAACCCAAAAGAAAAUAAAACUUGAUUAAAGUAAAGAAGUAGGCCAUGUUUGCUUCUGAUAAAUCGAGCAGAGAGGGAUGAAAGCGUCUGUUUUUAAAUGAUCGUGAUCCCAGAGUAUGGGAAAAACAAUUAGUCUGAAAAAAAGUCAGAGAAACAGAAAACUGUAGACUGUAAGGAUAUAUCAGAGGGCAUAUCUGCAGUGUUUUCCAGAUGUUAGGUCUGGGUACGCCACUAAGGAGUGGUAAAUGAGUUCUUGCUGCAUAUUAAGCCUUGUUUCUCUUUUUAAAAGGUUCUGAUCCAAAUCAAUACCACGUCCUCUGUGUAUUAUCUGUUAACAAGCUUCAUUGUGCUGCAGAGAUAAUAGACUACAGCCCCGUGUUUCCUUAAAUCAAUCUGAUGAACUAAAUUUUGGAUGGUGCGACUUUAGAGGAAACUUUCUGUCGCUGCCUUUGGUGCCAGAAAACUUUUCAGAAGUACUGGGAUGGAUUUCAGACUCAUUUUGGCAUAAAUGAGAAUUAAGAAGUUUAAUUAAGAGCAGCUCCAACAGGAAACCAAAACAGAUUUAAAACAUCACUAAACUCCUUUUCUUCUUCUUCUGUUUGUCGUCAUUUUGUGGCGCCUGAUAACACGAAACCCCCCCGAUGACCUUGACCCGUACACAGUGAAGAAACGUAUCAUCUAACAGUCCCACCCAGGCUGACUGAGAUGAAGCUGUCGGCCACAUUGCUGACGGCAUCACUGAUAGAUGGCGAGGCCGGAGCUCCCUAAAGCUUUUAAUCUUGAUUAACAAUAGAGCAGGAAACAAGAAAAACAGCCGGGAGUGUUAAACAUACAGCUUUCAUCAAUGACGCAUUUGAUGCUGAUGGAGGCUGCGGGCGUCCGGCCAGAACACGCAGAGACGUACUCACACAUGUAUCAUUAGGAGAAUAGUGGCUAUUUUUCCUCUCUCCGUACAAAUCCAAGCCUUUCACACCUUCUUUAUCUUUAUUUUUCUGACACCUCCAGCUUCUAUUUGAAACCGCAGAGCCGCCCGAUUGAUUGAUAGCUCCCUCAAUACCUGCUUAGCUCCUUCAAAGCCGAAGAAAAGCAGCUAAUGGCCCUCCAGGCAGUGAUAGAGCUUAUGACCUCCCAUUGAAAAGUCUGCCUUUGAAAUGAAUUGAACAUGUAUUUGAUGCUACUCCACGGCAGUUUGAUCUGAAUGCAUCAUGUGCGAUAAGCAAAUGGCUGUAGUUGUUUGGCUUUAUAAAUCCAGCUCAUAGUGCGGAGAUUAAAGGCUUUCAGAGCGAAUAUGGAGGUUACCUCACACGCCUUCAGCUCUGCACUGAAAGGCUGUCUCUGACACUUUCUUUGUCUCCUUUCCUGGCAGGUAUCUUGGGAUCACACGGCCCCUGACUUACCCCGCCAGGCAGAACGGUCAGCUGAUGGCGAAGAUGAUCCUGGGAGUGUGGUUGGUGUCGGCAUCCAUCACCCUGCCACCUUUCUGCGGCUGGGCUAAAAACGUCCACACAGCCGGUGUGUGCCUCAUUAGCCAAGACUUUGGCUACACCAUCUACUCCACAGCUGUAGCCUUCUACAUCCCUAUGCUGGUCAUGCUGGUCAUGUACUACAAGAUCUUCAGGGCAGCGAGAAAGAGCGGCGCCAAGCACCGCUUCACCGACCUCUCGCGCCGUGAGCGCCUUGAAACAGUGGCUAAUGAGGCGCUGCGGAUGCAGGGCCUGAAACCGCCCGGUGUGGCGGAGGACUGUGCCGCCCUGUCGCGCCUGUUGAACCGUGAACGCAGAAACAUCUCCAUCUUCAAGCGGGAGCAGAAAGCUGCCACAACACUGGGGGUGAUAGUGGGGGUCUUCGCCGUGUGCUGGCUGCCAUUUUUCAUCCUGUCCACCGCCAGACCCUUUAUCUGUGGGGUGGAGUGUAGCUGUGUGCCCAUAUGGCUGGAGCGCACGCUGCUCUGGUUAGGCUACGCUAACUCGCUAAUGAACCCCUUCAUCUACGCCUUCUUCAACCGAGACCUGAGGUCCACUUAUCGUGACCUUCUCCGCUGUCGUUAUCGCAACAUCAACCGCCGACUGUCUGCUGUGGGGGUGCACGAGGCUCUCAAGGUUUAAAGGUAUUGGUAUUGACUCUUAAGAAGCGGGUACAGUGGCCCUGUGGUUGUACACUUGGUGCUCAAGGGUGGAUGCGUACGCAGCGGGCCUGGAGAUCAGUCAGAAAGCAGAAUGGGAGUCGCUGCUGGUGGCUGCGUGUGGCCCCUCCAUACAAGGAAAAGACAGCGCCAUCACUCUGUGCGUGUGACUCACUCUUUCUAUUUUGGGAAAGAAAACCAUAGAGCGUACUUGAUGGGCUAUUCAAGCCGACACUGCUUUUGUGCAGACGCCACAAUUCCGUCCUGGCUCUGGAUUUAUGGGAGUAUAAUGUAGUGACAGAGGAAAUGACAUGUAAACACGAUCACUCAUCCUGGCGCUUUCAAAGGGAACAGAAGGAGGAGAGAUUUCUGUGAAAUACAAAAAUGAUGUUUGAUGGGGAAAAACAUUUGUUUUGUGGCACAAUCUCAUCCCAGCGUCGUCAUUUUGAGCACAUUAAAGAUUAAUUUCAAACAGAGAGUGAACAUUGAGGAGUGCUGUGUGCUUAUACUGAGAUUAAUCAUCACUCAUAUCCUUUUUAUCUCCAGACAGAGCUUUCAAUUCAGCCUUUUCUCUGAUUCUAUCAGGACCACCCCGGGUGUUUCACCGAUGUUUAAAAUGCUAAGGGAGGAGGAGGAGGAGGAGGAGGAGGAGGAGGGCAGGACUGGAUGUUAGAAAUGAAGCAUAGAGGGACAUUUUCCACUCAUGGUGUCUCAGUGUUUGUCGCCAUGAAAAGAAACUAAAAGUAGAUUGUUUACUGUCUGCAUGGAUCAUGUUUGUCUUUCGCUGUUUGCAUAAAUCAGAUGAGACGCUGAGAGUGAAUGAAGAUUUAGUCACGUUUCAGCCACUCAAACACACACACACACACACACACACACACACACACACACACACACACACACUUGAAUUUCAAAUGAACUCAGUGUUGUUUUUGUCAGAAACCAUGAUACUGUGGACUUUUAUUUAUUUAUUGAUUUGACUCCACGUUAAAGGGAUAUUUCGGCAUUUUUGAAGAGGGGUUGCGUGACUUGCAUUUUAACAGUGAGUGUGUUAACCACAAUGGAUGUCAGUGUCAUGAGAAACUGCUGGAAGAACCAGUUAGUCAAGUCAACCCAAUAAUUAAGCCAAUUACAAGAAACCCCAACCCAAGCACUUAUCUUAGUUUAAGUGUGAAAGAUUUUGCAUCAGAAAGUCUUUUUAUUUUCAGACUAUUUGCUGACACAGUACUCCUACGGCUUGAUCGAGUACGCAAGCAUUAUAAUCAAUGUGCGUAAUUCCACACAAUGCGUCCAUUGUCCAGCUCCACUGCGGAUCCGCUCCAGCAGUCGGAUCAGAUAUGUAAGGCUUCUAUUUCACCGGACGACGCAGCACAACGCACAAUUCAGUGUAGCGCAGCAUGGCGGCAGCGGAAGUUGGAUGCAGCUACAGAGUAAAAUAUCCAGUUAAUUUUCAAAAUUAAAAAAACCAAGUCGAUAAAAUUUAGUCACCUCUAUAUUAUGGGAGGGGCCAGGGUUGUGGGAUGCGGGUGUUUAUAUACACCGCCGAUCUCAUUCUAUACCUCAGACUGAAACAUGCAAGAUCUUGUUCAGUCUCGUGAGAAAUAUCGGUAAUAAUGCAAGUGUUUCUCCUCCGCUUGCGGCAGUGGAUUGGAUUUGGUGGGCGCUAUAUGCUUUUGUUUUUGAUCUGCCUGCCGUUCCGAAGCGGAUCUGCAUACGGUGGAAUCCCGACACUAGCGUUCUUCCUCCUGCAGCGCCAUCAGCCAAUCAGUUCGAUAAAAUUUAGUCACUUCUAAAUUAUUAAUUUUUUAUACUUUUGCAUCACCUGGUGGAUGCAGUGAUUGUGCGUGCAUUGUGGCAAACACAAUUACUUGUGUUGUGCAAUGCAUACAACCCCUCCUCAAAAAUACCGAACUAUCCCUUUAAGCUGCUGCUCUUAUUUUAUACUGUUUCAAACAGCCAACCAAACCUGUCGAACUCUGCAGUUAAACUUGAAGAUUUUACAUUUUUCUCUCUGACAGAUUUACGUUCUUCUCGUCCCUUCUGAUUUUACUCCACCGUGAACUCUGGUGACCUUUACGGACUCGUGUCAGACGUCAAGAUUCAAGCAGUGUGCUUUUUCUACCUCGAUUUUUGAGAACACAACAUUUCCUCUCUUAGCAGAUGUACCACUGUCUUGCAUCAUUUUGUAGUUUACUGCUAUUUUAUAUUGUGUAAGAUCGACCCAUCUGUGUGAUUUCAAUAUGUGACAGCUUUGUCAAUACCUCCAGAAACAAGCUGGAGAAGUGGCAAAGUGUUUCAUCACUUUGUAAAUAAAGAAACACUUGGUUAAAGCGUCACUGUGGCCUACUUUAAUAUAGCAGAAGAUGUGUGUGUAUGAAUGAAUGAAGAAGCAUCAUCGGAUCAGAUCAGGUCUUCAAACCCUGCAGAUCCUGAUGCACAGUGGUUGUACAAGAUUCAUCAUCCUUGCUGGAAGGAAAAUAAAGACACUCAUUAAGAGGUCUGUGAAACAUUCAUGAAAUAUCAGCAACAAGGUUGUCGUGUUACUGCGAGGACACCGGAGACGUGUUUGAGGAUACGGACCUCAAAAAGACGCUGAUAUCCCACACCUGCUCGGGGCGAAAUCUUUUAUUUAGUUUGUGGGUGACAGCUGUCUGCUUUCGUGGCGGAACAUUUCCUGUAAAGACUCAAGGAUGAGGAGUCUGGCUUCAAGUCCAAAUAUUUUAACCAGAAGGGGACCAGAAAGAAGUCAGGAAAUAAUGUGCCGUAAAACUCCAUAUUGGGUUUAAGAAAAGUGGAAGAUAAGAACGGCAAAGUUUGACAGCUUGGUACAAAGCUCCUCGGCCCUGUGAGGCUGAGAUGAAGCAGUUGAGUUAAAUGUUUUUAAUCUGCUAAAAUGUUCCCAAGUACAAUGAUAAAUUGGUUAAUCCUACAAUGAGCAAACAAUCAUCGACCCUUUUCAUAAUGCAGCAAAAUCAAUCCUGCAGCGCUGUAAUCACACACAGUGCUGUUCCGCCCUGCCUGCUCUGCUCACCCCCAAAUUCGACUGCAUGUGGAAUGGCAAUGGAAUCUCCACAAAAGUGUCCGAUCUACUGGUCUGGACAGAGUGGAUUUCCUCCUCUGGUAAGACUCAAUCUACUGCUCUGGUUAUGUGUCUGUCCUUAUAGAGACAACUCGUUGUCUGGAAAUUGCAUGUGAAUUCGCAAGCUCCUGUGAGUUCUCGUGAUUCCUGCUGUACGAAAUUCGCCUCACAAACGCAUCCAGAAGGAGGGUGACCAGAUUCUGACUUCACAAAAAGAGGACACAACUACGCGGGGGCGGAGUCACAGAGUCGCACAAAGUUAAUUGUGGGAGUUUUUCAGGUCUGAUCAAGUGUCUUUUUUGCACUUCUAACUCAGUAAGUCCAAGUGACACAACCUGAAACUUCGGUACAAAAUCGUGGACAUUUGAAGGAUUUGAUAAACUUCUCCGGACAGAGCAGGACAAGCCCAGAGAGCCCCCCAAAAAGAGGACAUGUCCAGGUUUAAGAGGACGUAUGGUCACCCUAUCCAGGAGGACUCGGUGGUCGGCGAAAAUCGCCAUGUUCUGUAGCGGUGCCAUUCCACAUGCAGUGGAAUAUGGGGGUCACAUAGAUCCUUUCACCACCUGUGGUGCAACAACGUGGUCUGAUUCCCUGCAUCCUUUGACAUUAACUGACAUGUGCUCUUUGGAUGAGGUUUUGUGUCUGUUUGGGACACGGUGUCAAAAUAUGAGUGUUGAAAAGUCCCUGAGGUAAACAGAGGGAGCAUGGCCUCUGCCAACACGUUGACAUUUCCUUUCAGCACAUUGACUGCACGCCGGCUUAGUGGAUGUUGUCAGUUUUCCCCUAAGAUACUGAGUCUUUCAACAGCCGCGUCAACAGGCGUUACUUUCGGGGAAUGAGCAACAUCGUGCGGCUCAAUCUGUCUACGUGGAUACUCCCAGCGUGUGUCAUCAGUGUCACAGAACAGGAGAGGAGGGUGAAAUGUUAGUGUGUGAUUCAGUUUACUCAUCAAAAGGGGAAAAGGAUGCGAGCAGAUGAGUCUCUCUCAUACGCUGCCCACAGGCUUGGUUGGUAGAUCUGACAGUCUGUGGGUGCUGACAGGGGAGCAAACACUCAGCUUUCUGCUAUUUUUAAUCCGCCCCAGUAAUUAAACAGAGGAGCUCUGAUUAGGCAUGUGAAGGGGGUUAUCUAAAGAGCUGCAAUUUUACUAUCAGCGUGCACCUGAUGUGUGCUAAUACUCAACGAUCUCUGUUUGAUGCUUGUGCAAAGGUCGGUGAGAUUAGAGCGGGAUAAGGGUGUGAUUUUAACACCUAAAUACACGUGAAAAACCUGCGAAAUCCUCAAAGAUGAUCCACUGAUUUAUCCUCCAUUCCUGAAAAACUAUUUUGCACGGUGUGUUCAGUCUGAAUGACCCAAAAUCAGAGUCUCAUUUGCAUUCUUGCAUCUAUUCCUGCAAGACAUGUCCCAGUCACCUUCGCCCUCCAAAUGUCGCCCUCCACUAAUUUCAGGCACAGAGUGAUCUAAAUCAGAUUUGCAACAUAGCGUGGGCGUGUAUUUACCCAGCAGCGAUAUCCUCAAAUGUAAUUGAAGCGUGGAUUUAGCCUUGUUCCCCACUUUCCAAUCAAAGAGAACCUAUAAAUACACCAGCAAACAUGUCAAUUAUUUGUUAAUCCGAUUUAUCGAGUGUGUCCUGAAAUAUCAGCUUCCUCCCACGGCCGUCAUCAGGCCCAAUCACGGUCUGAGGGAGUCUUCUAUUAGUGCAUGCCACUUCCUGCAGGGUCAGGCCCGGAGCAAAUCAACAUGCAGAGAAGUUAUCUGCACAGAGUCCCAGUGACAGCCAGAAGAGUUUAGAUUUCUGGAGGCUACUUCUGUAAUUAGACUCCGUCAUACUGCUGGGAGGUAAGUGCACGCUUUUUAAGGUUCCUUUCCAUCAAAGGGACUGUACACGAGGACGCUCUCCCCUCUGCACUUCAAAGUGAACACAGCAGAUCUCUGCCUGCUUACCUUUUAUUGAUUCGACUGCUACAAAUGUUGUGACUUACUCAGGCUGUGGAGUAUCUGGGUGUUGACUCAUCGCCUUAUACUUUCAGAAUAUGCUGGAAACACAGACUGCGAGGAUGCAGAGACCUCCUACGCGAUGUGUAGGGGAUGACGAGUCUGUCCAGUUUCUGCUCUCUCUGUAUGAUACACGUCUGUCAGCGUGUGAGGAUGGAGUCGUCAAAGCCUCCCAUAUGUUCUCAUACUACUCUCAGAAAAAUACUGACAUGUACAGGUGUUAAACGUUGCAGCCACAUGUCUGUGCGUUCGUUCAUUUCAAAACGAAGACCGACUCUUGCCUCUGAUGAACUCUUAGAGCGUCCCAUCAACCCCUAACCCCAUCAGACUCAGAUUAAAACAACAGUUUAUGCCGGCUGAAGAGUCCUCUGUCUGACAGGUUGACUUUAGAUCAGCUUCCGUAUGUAAAGUUGGUGGAACAGCCCUUUAGACCUUGUGCGCCGUUGACAUCCGAUGUCAGCUGUUGUCAGCUACUUUGAAAUCUGCAUAAUGACCUUCGUUUAGUGAAGAAAACCUGUGUUCCUCACAGCCUCGGCGUGCCGCUCAUGUAAUGACAGUAAACGCUCUGACCUGCAAAAACAAGUUUCUGUGGUGAUGUAAUUCUUUGUCUGCUGCGCUCAGGUUUGAAUCACAUUAGCAUUUAUCAUGCUGAGGGACAUUUAAUAGCAGCUCUUUAUGCAACCAACAAAGCA